CAGUUGCGAACCGUGAUUCUGCUCCAUUUUUCGGUGUCUACGCGUUGUGCUUGUCUCUGUCGCCGUCCCUCUGACCUCUAGUCUGCUGUUCCCACAGCGGGAGUGUUGGGUUUUCCUGGCGGCGUCGUGCGCUCUGGACUCCCGGUCAUCCUUGGAGAAGUUCCGCCGCAGUCUCAUGCCCAGCGCUUCUCUGCUCUCCUCCGGCUGGGAUAAGGAUGCUGGUGGCUUUUCAUGAUCAAACUUCACAGGAUUAGCCUGAGUUGAACAAACGGACCAUGUAACCAGAUCAGAGAUGUUCAUGCAGUGUGGCUAUCCAACAGUGUGACCUCUGAUUUGACUUACACCUUUACAACCUUCAACACUCUUCUGAUGUGUUAAGCAACUUUACUGAACAGUUUGAUGGAGAGCUGGUCGGAUGACAGCUGGAACUGUUGUCAUAACCGGAGGAAUACUGGCCACAGUGAUACUUCUGUGUAUCAUAGCUGUGCUCUGUUACUGUAGACUCCAGUACUACUGCUGUAAGAAGAAUGGGUCUGACAGCGCCUCCAUCUCUCAGCAACACAUUGCCUGCAACGCCUGCAGUGUCUCUGGUCUGGAUGGGACGAUCAUCACCCCAUUGUCCAUAUCGCCACCAGAGCUGCCUGCAUCCUCCAACCCCACCAAACCCACAGGGGGGCAACGCAGUUACUGUCCCACCUGCUCGCCCUAUGAUUCUCCCUUCUACAUCCGCAGCACUGAUGAGAUACGCAAUGGUGGUGAGCGCGUCACCUACAUGCCCACACACUAUGAGAACCAGGCGCUGGCGAUGCCGCUGCCUGCUGUCCGAGGCACCCUGCUGAGGGAGACCCAGCGAGGACGGCCUCCUGAUUUCUACACCAACACCCGAGCCAUCAGCACUGAGGUGUGACCACCCCAAAAAAAAAACCCCAACAUCACCCACCCCACACACACACAGACACUCCUCUCUUCACUUACACACACACACCAGCACCACCACUAACAAAACCACAACAAUAAUUUUGACACCUACUGCAGCUGCCAGUGAGGAUCUCUUGGAUCAAGGCCCACUGGUUGUGGAGGUUACAUUAUCACAUAUAUUUUGGGCCUGGGGGUUUGGGGUCUGGGGGGGAGGAUUUAAGUGAGGAUUGUCUAAGGCAACUGCUGAAGACUCAAGUGUGUGACAAGCUGGGAUCACUUUCAAACCUAGUUCCUCACUUUAUACCCUUCCAUUUUUAUGUUUUCAUGUUCACUAAGAUAGUAAUUCUGUAAAUGAUGGUAGAAAAAAUGUGUAGCUAUACAGUUUCUUGUCCCUUUAUGCUCUCACAUGAAGAGUAUGGGUGUAAACCUGUAAACACUCUGUUGACUGUUACUGUGUCUUUACUGACUGAGGGCUAUCUUAGAUCAUUUAGGACUUUCCCUUGCUACACAUCUUCCUAAUGACUGCCUGCCAAAAAAGAGUAAAAAUGAAGCAAUUUUGUCAUGAAAGCAGAAUGAAGAAAGAAAAGUCAACAUCACCUCUGCAGUUUUCUGGAUCUCUGGAAGCAUGCUUGAGUUACAGGAAGAGAGUGGACGACUGGAGCUUUCUCUAUGCAAGCUGUUUGGCAAACUACUACAGCUCUUCAUUUCCACUCAUCUCCUUUCAGCAGUUUUUGUCUCAUCAUGUAACUCUGUUGGAGGAAUAUUGUAAACACGGUGUACACCCAGUAAAAUAUUACAAGGAUGCAAUUGUAGAUACAUAUAUAAGCAUUUCAAACUGGAUCAUGGAUAUCAGUAGUUCAAAGCCUCUUGGGUUGCUAGGUCCACACUGAACCCCUAGUUUCUCCCAUGAGUUGUAAACCUGUGAACAAGCAAGGACACCAGAGCCCGUGAACGCAACAGUGGUAAGCUUGAAAUCAAUGAGAGAUUUAAUUUCUCUCUUGACAGUGAUGCAAAAAGUUAUGAUAUGUAAAUAAUAACCAGAAAGCAAUGAGCGUGUCUCUGGAUCCCGUUGUGUUAUUCACGUACAGAAAUGCACCCUGGGAUGUGAACAUGAUGUAUUUUGAAUGAAGGAGUGUGAUUUACUAGUUUGUGCUUUUUUGUCUACACACUCCUCCUAUACUCCUGUACUACUCUCAUGUUGAAUCUUUAAAAUGCAAAUAACCAUGUCAUUUACUUUCAACUUUAUUGUGAGGAAGUCACAAUACACGUGUGUGUGUGUGUGUGUGUGUGUUUCACAGUGCCCAUUUUCUACAUGACACUUACCCAGCAUUGCUUGCCAUACACGAUAAUAUUUCCUGUGAUAUUUGUCUUUAUAUUUCUAUGUACAGCAGGGUUCAGUGAGACUGAAUAAGCAAUGCAAGAAACCUCAAGGACUUGCAUGGUAAUAAUAAUAUUGUGGAUUCUCAGUCAGGCCGAGUGUUGCCAUUCAAGCAUUAAACAAAAAUACACUUCUCAUCCUCUUUUCAGCAGCACAUAUAACAUGAUUACAAUCCAUCUAUCAACAGCUACUUCAUUAAUUUCUCAAUUACGACUAAAUGACUACAAGGGACUGCAGUGCCAUUAUACUGCUCAACCUCUCAAGACCAUAUUACACCAGUACUGUGGAUUUGGAUUUGGAUUUUGGAUUGUGGAAGAAACGUACUGGCCAAAUGAAAGUUCAUCACUUGAGGAUUUAUUUUUUUAAAAACUGGUGAAAUCUGGCCAAAAAAUGUCUGGGCUGGAAUAUCUAUAAAGAGGAUUGAGUGAAAUAGUGAACCAGUAUUUCUCCAUGUUGUUAUUCACUCCCACAUAUAAGGAUUCACUGUCAUCGUUCAUUUGUUUAGGUAUUGUAUUAACUAUAUAUUUUACUACUUACUUAACUAUUUAUCUUUGAAAACAGACAAAAAAAAAAGCUUUUUAGAAAUGUGGUUAAAACCAAUAUCGUACCUGACAAAUACAGAAACAGUAAUAUUUGACAGUGUUAACUUUUGACAAUUAAACAUUUGUAACUGCUUGAAAUGGCUCUUUGUGUGAUUAUUGACACACACACACACACACAC